CCGAUGCACUCUUCUGGUGUGUGUCUGAAGACAGGUUUAAGGGAAAAAACUACAUGAAUUCGUAUGGAACCACACAAGAUCAUGAAUUAGCCAAAGGAAUCCUAGGAGUGAGAUGUUCCAUCAUCGACUGCCCAUCAAAGGAGGUUGAGCCGGUGAGAACACCCCUCCGGAAAGAAACCGCUAGACUAGAACGGAGGUUCUUGGACUACAUCUCCCAGAAAGCCCCGCACUGGCGCGCGGGCGCCCCCUGGACGUGGCCAGUGGGAAGGUGCUAGCAGGAUCGCUAAGACCUUCCCCAGAGCAUCCGUGAGCUUGGAAAGCCGCGUUGGCUGCGGGCUGCGGCGGCGCGGGAGUCCGGUCCGAGAGAACCACGGCAGCAGGCAUUCCAGGCAGAGGUGGAGACGACCAGAUGCCUCAAACCAGGACAGAACAAAUAUGACUCAGGAUGCUUCAGCCCGGAGAAGAAGUUUCCGAAGGACAUCAUGCGGAGUGCCACCAAGCCCUGGAGUCCAGUCGCCAAAGCAGGCAGCCAUGGUCCUGAUCGCACUCGGCCCCUCCCAGGGACUCCUUCUGGCAUGAAGAGCUCCAAGUCUUCAACCUCGCUGGCCUUCGAAUCUCGGCUUAGUAAGCUCAAGAGGGCCAGCAGCGAGGACAUGCUCAACAAACCUGGAAGUGCCUCAUCAGGGGUGGCGAGACUGAAGAAGACCUCAACCUCUGGAGCCAUCUCUGAGCUCACCGAGAGCCGCCUGAGGAGCAACACAGGGACUAUUCCAACAACUAAACGGACAGGCAUUCCAGCUCCACGGGAACUCUCAGUAACUAUCUCCAGAGAGAGGUCUGUGCCACGUGGUCCCUCCAGCUCAAAGAAGUUGGGCUCCAGUCCAACUUCCUCCUGCAAUCCCACUCCUACCAAGCAUCUAAGGACCACCCCUGCCAAACCUAAGCAAGAGCAUGAAGGUGCAGAGAAGGCUGUGCUCGAGUCCCAGGUACGGGAACUUCUGGCAGAAGCCAAAACCAAAGACAGUGAAAUCAACAGGCUUCGAAGUGAACUAAAAAAAUGUAAAGAGAGGUGGGCCCUGAGCACUGAGGACGCCAAUGCUUCAGACCCAAGUGCAGAGGGAACAUCAGCCCCAGUAAGUGACACAGAGCCUUUGAUAAGAACCCUGGAGGAGAAGAACAAGACCUUUCAGAAAGAGCUUGCUGACCUAGAGGAAGAGAACAGGGCCUUGAAGGAGAAACUGACUUACCUUGAGCAGUCACCAAAUUCAGAAGGGGCAGCAAGUCACACUGGCGACAGCAGCUGCCCGACAUCUAUAACUCACGAGUCCAGUUUUGGAAGCCCAGUUGGAAAUGAGUUGUCCAGUGAAACGGAUGAGUACAGAAGAAGCACACACGGGAGUGCAUUGCGGACAUCAGGGUCUUCAAGCAGUGAUGUCACCAAAGCCUCUCUGUCACCGGAUGCCUCAGAUUUUGAGCACAUCACUGCAGACACCCCAUCUCGGCCCCUGUCAGUCACUAGCAACCCUUUUAAGAGCUCCAAGGGCUCCCCUACUGGAAGUUCCCCAAACAAUGCAAGUGAGCUGUCCUUGGCAUCUCUUACUGAGAAGAUCCAGAAGAUGGAGGAGAAUCAGCACAGCACUGCAGAAGAGCUGCAGGCUACUCUGCAGGAAUUAUCCGACCAGCAGCAGAUGGUGCAGGAAUUGACCGCUGAGAAUGAGAAGCUAGUGGAUGAGAAGACCAUUUUGGAGACCUCCUUCCACCAGCACCGAGAGAGGGCAGAACAGCUGAGUCAGGAAAACGAGAAACUGAUCAACCUUUUACAAGAGCGAGUGAAGAAUGAGGAACCUAGCGCCCAAGGAGGAAAAAUCCUUGAGCUGGAACAGAAGUGCACGGAUAUUCUUGAGAAGAGCCGCUUUGAAAGAGAGAAGCUACUCAACAUUCAGCAGCAGUUGACCUGUAGCCUACGGAAGGUUGAGGAAGAAAACCAAGGAGCUAUAGACAUGAUUAAGCACCUGAAGGAAGAAAAUGAAAAGCUGAAUGGGUUCCUAGAACACGAACGGUGUAAUAAUAGCGUGAUGGCCAAAACUUUGGAGGAAUGCAGAGUUACCUUGGAAGGCUUGAAAAUGGAGAAUGGGUCCUUGAAGGCUCAUUUGGAGGCCGAUAAGCAAAAAGCCACAGAGGCCAGCAGUAGCAUGGCGCAGACAGCAGAGAACUUCGAGGUUCAGGAAAUGCUGAAAGUGGCUCGAGCUGAGAAAGAUCAGUUGCAGUUGUCCUGCACAGAGCUCAGACAAGAAUUGCUAAAAGCAAAUGGUGAAAUUAAACAUGUUUCCAGCCUGCUAGCUAAGAUGGAGAAAGAUUAUUCUUACCUGAAAGAGGUCUGUGAUCAUCAAGCAGAACAGCUGAGCAGAACCAGCCUAAAAUUACAAGAGAAAGCUUCAGAAAGUGACGCAGAAAUCAAAGACAUGAAAGAAACCAUAUUUGAAUUAGAAGACCAGGUGGAACAGCAUCGUGCCGUCAAGUUACACAAUAAUCAACUCAUCAGUGAGCUGGAAAGCAGUGUGAUCAAGCUGGAGGAGCAGAAGUCAGACCUAGAGAGGCAAUUAAAGACCCUAACAAAGCAGAUAAAGGAGGAAACAGAGGAAUGGAGGCGAUUCCAGGCAGACCUGCAGACUGCAGUGGUAGUGGCCAACGACAUCAAGUGCGAGGCUCAGCAGGAACUACGCACUGUGAAGAGGAGGUUGCUGGAGGAGGAAGAGAAAAAUGCCAGGCUGCAGAAGGAACUGGGGGACAUGCAGGGGCACAGCAGACCUGUGAAUGAAGAGCCAGAGCCCUCAGAGGUCGAUGCUGCUGGCCGGUGGCGUGGAGUCUUUGUCAACAGAACAUCUCCAGCUCCUUCAGACUCUGCAACCACUGUAAAGUCACUGAUCAAAUCAUUUGAUUUAGGACACUCAGGUGGAACUGGACAGAGUAUUUCUGUCCACAAGACUCCCAGAAGCCCCCUGAGUGGAAUCCCAGUGAGGACCGCUCCAGCAGCUGCUGUUUCUCCGAUGCAGAGACAUUCAACAUUCAGCAGCAUGAAGCCAGCCAGCAAAGGGAUGUCUCAGCGCUUGGAUCUGCCAGACCUUCCCCUCUCCGAUCUUCUGAAGGGAAGGGCUGAGGACCGGAAGUCAGACCCUUACCUCCGAAAGAGUCCUUCACUGGAGUCCCUGAGCAGACCCCCCUCCCUGGGCUUUGGGAACACCAGACUACUGAGUGCAUCCACUGGGGGUCUGAAGCCAAGCAAGCUCAGUGUUGAAAGAAGAGAUCCUCUGGCAGCCCUGGCCCGGGAGUAUGGUGGCUCUAAGCGUAAUGCACUCCUGAAAUGGUGUCAGAAGAAGACAGAAGGUUAUGCGAACAUUGACAUCACCAAUUUCAGCAGCAGCUGGAGUGAUGGGCUGGCCCUCUGCGCUCUGCUGCACACCUACCUGCCUGCCCACAUCCCAUACCAGGAGCUGAACAGCCAGGAGAAAAAAAGGAAUCUCCUAUUGGCAUUUGAAGCAGCGCAGAGUGUAGGCAUCAAACCCAGCCUGGAGCUCAGUGAGAUGCUGUACACGGACCGGCCUGACUGGCAGAGCGUGAUGCAGUAUGUGGCCCAGAUCUACAAGUACUUUGAGACAUAAACAAACCCUCUAGCUGCUGCUUGACCUCAAGUUAGUCCUGGAUGCACCUGCUCACAGUCCAUCACACCUGGUAUGCCCACCACCUCACCACCUGGAUUUCCAAGGAAGACUCAAGCCAAGUGAACCAGCAGUCCAUCGAGAAGCAGAGCUGGCUCCACCAUGUCCCCACCAUGCGGAUCAGAGGCAAACCUGUCUGGAGCCUAUGCUGAGGAAUCCUUGCUCCCAGUGGGAGGUUUCUAGAGGGGCAGGCCCCACUCCUCACACACUGGGUCCCAAAACCCAGGCCCUCUUCUGUGAGAUUCCAGUGUUGCCAGUCCCUUUUGCAGCCCACACAUGGUCUACAUGCUGCCAACAGCCCUUCACUCACCGUGCCUCUUCUUCUCCUUCUCCCCUUUACUAAAACUGUUCUGGCUUUGCUUCAGUCAAAACUCUGUCCUGACCAACUACCUGCUCCUGAAAUAAAGCAGCACCCUACAGAAUAGAAAAACAAAAGCAGCUUUUGCUUCAUAGCCACUUAGAAACACACUGAUUAGGAAAAUAGUUUGCUCAACUCUGUGUAACUGAGGACUUAAUUGCACUACAUAGGUCUCACUGUCCCUAUUUGAUUCCUCAUGUUUGCAGAGGAGCCCUUGGCACCUUGCUGAUGGUCCACGGGAGGCCAGCUGGCAUGCACAUUAACCACACAGCCUGAGUACGGGGCUGGUGUCCUGGCUGAUGGAACCAUGACCAUUGUCCACAUCACCUUCUGCCCCGCUAUUUAUUUACAAUCCUGUUCACACACACACAUCCGCCUAACACGUGGGACUCAACAGAAGUCAGUUAUGCGUGUGAAGCAGCCUGUGCUGGUGAGCUCCUUGCACAUUUGCACAGUUCUACAGGGUGGGACAACAGAAAUAUAAACUGUGUUUUAGCUCCAGACAGAGUUGGUCCUUAGCACUCGUUGGGCCUUUUACAUUUGCCUAAUAAAAGAAGCUAUUAGGAACAGUCACACUCUCCUGACACCCUGCUGCUUCCCUGAGGUGCAGCAGCCCCUCCCUGAGUACUCAGGCUCCUUGCUUCUAGAGUCUAGAGGCUCUUUGCUAUUUUUCUUGGACAAAUAAAUGUGCACUUCAUAGCAAAUGAGGGUGCCCCUUUCUCAGACAGUUGGGUGUGCACAAACACCCAUUAUUGUUCUAAGUGCCAAAUAGCCCUGUGCUGGUCCUUUGAGAAAGGACCAUGUUCACAGCAACCCCGUGAAGGACCGCCAUAGUUCUAGUGAAUCUCUGCCUGCUUAUCUGAGCCACCCUGCUGGCCCAGUCUGUAUCCUUAGAGGACCUGGGUUCUAUCCCUCCCUCCAUCCCAUCCCUCUGAUAGGUGGCAGCUGGGUGCAGCAGCGCUGAUUCUCAAACUGUUGUAGCCUCUUGGGGCCACAGACUCCACCUUCAGGCUCUAUCUGUAGUUCUUGGCUGUGGCUCCAUCCGGUUCCCCUGGGGCUCCUAGGAACUGCAUGCCUGGCCCUCCAAUCAGGUGAGUCAGAAUAACUGGAAUGGAGCAGAGAUGGAGUCUGCAGGUUCUCACAGUUCUUCCGAACUGGUGGACAGCCAUGCAGAGGAGCAGGACACUCCCCCAACCCCCUGUGCUCACCACAGGAGCUCCUGAGCAGCAGUUUAGGGACCACAGUCAGCUGUGAAAUGGGCCCAUUCAUCUCCAGGUCUAGGGCUCAGAACCUCCUUUCUGAUGAAUGUGUUCCUCUGAAAGCUAGGACUUGCGCUGCUUAAGCACUGGUGUGUUGUGAUUGAGGACAGCCCUCACAGUCUCAGGCUUCUGCUUUGCCCAGCGGGAAGGAGCGCUGUCCCACACAGCUGGGCGCUGUUUCCUCUCCAGCUGUGUAGGAGAGGCCACAGUUAAGGCAUGGAGUUUAGUCUGUCUCUGGCUCUUGUCAGGGUGCUGUCUAGACAUCUAGGAGCUCUCAGCAGAGCAGGCUCCAUGCUGGUCUCCAGACACCUUACAGUUUCCUUGUAAGCAGAGGCAGGCACUUUGGGGCCCAUCCCCCUUGUGAUCGGAACCCAGUUUGCUGAGGACUAGCCAACCACAUCUGUUCUUGUCUUUAUUUUCCUUUGGCUUCCCCCCCCCCACGCCCCCAUUACUACAGUUCCUGCCAGGGAUGAGAUCCCUCCCAGUAGAAGCAGGUACUGCUGGUGAAUGGGGUGAGGCAGAGAGCAGGCAGACGGCACUCCAUUUCUUCAACAUGGUACCAUACUGUUGCAUAUGGAGGUGCAGGGCCUGGGAAGAGCUCCAGGGUACACACGUGAAUAAUGAAAAACUGACCAGCUUAGAAUACCAGCACAGCGGGUGCCUUACAUUUUCUUGGGUUUUAUUGGGGUGCUUGGGGUGGGUUGGUUGGUUUGUUUGUUUGUUUGUUUGUUUGUUUGUUGUUUGUUUUGCUUUGAGGCUUGUAUGAAGCAGAAUCUCAUGGCUGGUCUUGAAUUCCUGCCUCUGCCUCCCAGGUGCUGAGAUCAGAUACCAUGCCCAGCUUUGGUACUUUGUGUUUUUGCUGUGUUUUUGUUUGUCGUGGGCUUCUUUACUAACUCUCGUUUGGAGGCUGUCAAAGGCCUCUAUGGCCGUGAGUUUCCCAUCUGCCCUCAGCUAAGCACAAGAGAGAGCUGCAGAAUGUAAGAUCCUGAGAAGUUCAACCAUGUGGGGAAGACUGGCUUUCUGCACUGAGUGGUGGCUGAGCUGAUGACAGAUGACAGGGCUGAGGCCACGCCCACAGGGACAGGCUCGGAGGAAUGGCCUUCCCCUCAGUCCCUUCUCACUGUAGCAUGCGUGAUUGCCCUUCUCAUUCUUCGUCCAGUUGUUUCUCAGCUCUGUUAGACCAUCCAGAAUUUAAGCCGGGGCUGGGAGAGAGAAAGCCAUGUCCUGUCAAGCAUGGUGCCCCUGCCUGCGACUUCAGCUCCUCUGGAGAAGGAAGCAGGAGAAUCAGUUGAGCCCAGGGAUUUGGGACUAGUCUAACAAAAGAGACCCUGAGAGGGAAUGGGGCUGUCCCAAAGCAAUCAGCCUUCUAGCAAUAAUGACUACCUGGCAUAUUCUCUUCCCAUCUCCCACGAGCACCAGGCACAUGCCAGUCUCACUGAGACCCUUAGGGACAAACCCACCCACCAGAUCUAGCAGUUCCUAAGUUCCAAGUUUGAGAUGCUCCACUACCCACACAAAUGAAAGAGGGAACCCCCAGCCAUCUGAAGAGAAGUGUUUCCAGCAUCUUCUGGAGGCCCUCUGACUGAGGUUGGAGUUCUGGGACACCCUGAGUAGCUCACCGACUGUCACUACAUGAGUUGACUGUGGCUUCCUUUCUGUCAAGAGCACACUAGACCGCACUAAGCACUGCCCAAGCGUGGCAUACUCUCAGAGGUGUGCAGGGCUCAUAACAAGUGUAAGGUGUGCCGCUGUGUAAUAUUUCUAAUAAAUAUAUUUUGUUUCUGCCUCA